UCAAUUUGAAGUCAACAUGUAUAAUUGAAAUGGAAAGGAGUAAAACUAGUAUUACAAACUUGAAUAUUCCAAAAACACUGUCUGAAGGGGACAGUGGUAGAGAAAGACUGAAGACGUUUACCUAUGACUAUUCUUACUGGUCAUACAAUAGCAAUGAUACACACUUUGCAUCACAACAACAGGUUUUUGAAGACCUUGGAACAGAUGUAUUGAAUUCAGCAUUUGGUGGAUAUAAUGCAUGUGUGUUUGCAUAUGGACAGACAGGAUCAGGAAAGUCCUACACUAUGAUGGGACAUAAACCAGAUUCUAUUGGACUAAUUCCAAGGAUAUGUGAGGGUCUUUUUAAUCAUAUUGAAGGAGACCUGAGUGUGAGUAAUUCCUACAGAACUGAAGUCAGUUAUCUUGAAAUCUACAAUGAGAAAGUUCGUGACUUACUGAAAUCAACAUUACAACACUCAUUACGAGUCAGAGAACAUCCAAGAAAUGGACCAUAUGUACAAAGUUUAUCUAGACAUUUAGUAUCAGAUUACCAUGACGUUGAAACAUUAAUAGAACGAGGUAAUAUAAACAGGACCACAGCGUCCACUCACAUGAAUGACACGAGUAGCCGAUCACAUGCAAUAUUCACUAUUAGUUUUACACAGGCUAAAUUCUACAAUGAUAUGCCCAGUGAAACGAUGAGUAAAAUACAUCUUGUUGAUUUAGCUGGAAGUGAGCGAGCAGAUGCAACUGGUGCCACAGGUCAAAGGUUAAAAGAAGGAGCAAAUAUAAACAAAUCUCUGGUAACAUUGGGUACUGUUAUAUCAACGCUUGCCGAAGCAUCAUCACAUACGCCUGGCAAGAAAAAACAUACAUUCGUUCCAUACCGAGAUUCCGUAUUAACGUGGUUACUAAAGGACAGUAUCGGUGGCAACUCAAAGACUAUUAUGAUUGCAACUGUCUCCCCGGCUGACGUCAACUACGGUGAAAGUUUGAGCACAUUACGGUAUGCCAAUCGGGCCAAGAAUAUCAUCAACAAACCGACAGUCAAUGAGGAUCCAAAUGUUAAAUUAAUUCGAGACUUGAGAUCAGAAAUCUCCAAGCUGAGAGCCAUGUUAGCUGGUGAUCUGGCAUCUGCCAAGUCACCGAGACGAGAAGCAGAAAUGGUUGAUAGACUGCACGAAAAUGAAGCAAGGGUGAAAGUUUUAACAGAAGAAUGGGAACACAAAUGGAGAGAGACAAAAAAGAUUAUGAAGGAGUCCACAUUAGCUCUGCGAAGGGAAGGUUUAGGUGUUGUCUUGGAUUCAGAACUGCCACAUCUGAUUGGAAUUACUACUGAAGAUUUACUGAGUACAGGAAUGAAGUUGUACCACCUCAAGGAAGGAUUGACCACCGUGGGACGUGAUGAUGCCGAACAGAAACCAGACAUGGCACUAUGGGCUAUUGACAUUGAAAAAGAACACUGUAUAUUUGAGAAUGACAAUGGAGUAGUGAUUUUAAGACCACUACCGAGAGCUGAAUGUUCCAUCAAUGGUCAACAGAUAAGUCAACCAACUCCUCUUACACAGGGUUGUGUGGUUCUUCUUGGUAAGACGCAAAUGUUUCGAUUCAACCAUCCUGUAGAGGCCGCUCGGCUCAGAAAGGAACGGAAAUCCAAAUCCAUGACUGACUUGGCCAGAUCUACUGAGAGUCUCUUGUCUGUAUUCAAUAGUCCAGGCAUGGAACUAGAAAAAUUGCAAAGGGCUGAAUGGGAAAGACUGGAAGAAAAAAGACGGCAUAUUGAAGUGUUGGAGGAUAAACAUAGACAAGCUGAAGAUGCUAGAUUGAAGGAACAGGGUUUACGAGAAGAUGCACUGCGUGGCCAGAUUAGUCAGCUCGAACGGCUGCGACAGGAAAGUGAACAAGCCAAGAAAGAAGCACAGCUUGAGCAAGGAAAGAUCAUCAAGGAGCAGGAAAGAUUAAAAAGACAAAGUGCCGAUUUUCUGAAGCAGAUGGAGGAUUAUCAAAAACAAAUGGAAGACUACAUGGAAGAAAAGGAGAAGUUUGAAGAGGAAAGGCUACAUGAGAAGUCUGCUAUUGAGAAGGAAAGAGAGGACUUUAUACAAGAACGGGAUUUAGAGCGGCAGAAACUGCAAGAUGAAAAAGAUGAAAUGAAGCUGAAGAUCAGCCAAGAAAUGGAAAGAUUAAUGGAGAUUGAACAGUCUCAGAAAGAAGCAGCCGAAAAAGCGAGGCAAGCGAUUAUCAGUGAACAGCAGAAGCUUGAGGAGCACAGACGACAACAGAAAGUGAAACUUGAUGAAGAGUUUAAAAGACUUGAAAUGCAGGAGAGUAUGAUAAAAGAAAGUGCGAGGGAUUCAGAGAACGAAAUUGCUAGGAGACUGGAAGUGUUGCAACAAGAAAGGGAUAAAGAGUUGGAAUUGAUUGAGGAUGAAAGAAAAAAGUUGGAUGAAUUACAACUACAGCAAGAAACGGCACGCAAAAUUGCACUUGAUAUUGAGACCGAUGCGAUGCUAAAACUGAGAGAGGACAGUGAAAAACUUUUAGAAGCUAGAAAAGAGAUUGAGAAACUGAAACAAUUGCAAAUACAGGAGAUAAGAGAUGUGGAGGAAAAAAUUAAAAAGAAAAGAAUUGCGCUUGGUCAAGAACUGGAAAAACAGAGAAAUCAUUUGGAAAAUGAACGCCAUGCUCUAAGUGAAAAGGAAGUGUUACUGAAACAAAUUUUAGAAUUAGGAGAGUAUGAGACAGACGAGGAGAAAAAAGAUAUUGAAAUGGAGUUGCAGUCACUGCAGGAGGAGAAAAAAAAGUUAGAUUUAAGGGAACUGCAAUUGAAUGAAAAGGAACAACAAGAUUGCUUAACGAUUAAUUCGGAAUUGAGGGCACUGGAAGAGAAAAAAGAAACAAACCAAAGACAGUUGAAAGAAAAGAAUGAAACACUUAAUGAAAUGGAAACAGAAAAUUUACUCUCAAUACAAAAAGAAAUUUCAGAGAAAAUUAAAAACUUAGAUGCAAGAAGGAUGAAAAUAGAAGAGGAUGAGGCAUUGCUAAGGGAACUGAAAGGUAAACAUGAAAGUACUAUUACCAAGGCAAUAGAGGAUAAAAAAAUACUAGAAAAGGAACGUUUACAACUGGUGGAUUUGGAGAAGCAACAUGAUAUGAAUACUGAAAUGGCCUUGGCUGAGAUUGACAGGCGGAAAGUACAGCUGGAUGAAGAGACAGAGAAAGAGAUGGUGAUUAUAGAGGAAAAAAAGAAACAACUUGAACAACAGCAUGAGGAGAUUCAGGUGGUGCCUGAAAGUGAGUGGAAUGAACCAAGAUCGAUUCAACGUAAAGCAGUGUCUGUGUCUACUGUAGAGGACCUCAGAGAAAUGUCAAAUCUCUAUGACGAAUCCAGACAGAGAGCUCAGGACAAAGAGUCUCAUCAGUUGGAGGAGAGAUUCAAGAAAUUACAUGAACUUGAGGAACAGACAAACAGAGCCGAAUCUGAACUUCAAAGAAAAAGACAAGAAUUUGAAAUCCAAAGGACCAAAGAAAUCGAAAGAAUUAAAUUAGAAAAAUAUAAACUACAGGAAAUGGAGGACCAAGAAAGGAUCAAUGAAUUAAUUGAAGAGAGAGUGAAGAAAAGACUGUUUGAAGAGAAGGUACAACGGGAAAAACAGUUACUGGCAGAAAAAGAAAAGGAGAAACUAGAUAGAGAAAAAGAAAUCCAGCGAUUAAAGCGAGCACAUAGACGAGAACUUGAACAGUUGAAAAAAAAAUUUACUUCUGGUGAGAGUUCAACUGGCAGCAAAUCCAAUCCAUAUGAAGGUCUAAGGAAUCGUGAUGCUUUACCAGAGUCUCAGCCACCAAGAAAGAUGCUGAGUGAGCCUAAUUUGCAUGCCAAGCCGUUAAUUGAACACCGACGUCCCGUAGAGAAUCCUAUCAAUAUAAAAAUACUAAGAUAUAUGCUAAGAGGUCACGGUAGAGACUCCCAUCAUGAGUUUGAAGUAGAAGUGUCAGUCUUAGAUGAUAACUGGGUUGUAUACAGAAGGUAUCGAAAGUUUCGAGAACUUCAUGAAAUGAUGAAGGCUGUGUACCCUGAGAUUGGUGCAUUAGAAUUUCCUCCCAAAAAGUUAUUUGGUAAUAAAUCUGAGAAAGUUGUGUCUAAAAGAAGAGAUAAGCUGGAGAAUUAUCUUCGGAGUUUCAUCCACGUUUGUCUAAGACUCCCGUCCAGUCCGUUAUCACCAGGUGAUGGCAAGAUAUUAUCUAAACACACUCUGUGUGAUUUUGCUCCGUUCUUCAGACAAGGUGCCUUUGAAACUACUAAAUAUAGUACUUCAUAAUAAAUAUGUAUCUCUUAUGUAAACACCGUGCCCCUUCCCUUCCUAUCCAAGGUAACAGUUGGCAUUUGUAUUCCAUAUCUCGUACACCUUGAUUUUUACCGGUAACUUAUUUAUAAACUUUCUGAGACAAUGUAUAUUAAGUGUAAAUUACAACAAAAACACCUGUUUGUGUUAGUUUAUGAAGUUUGUAUUUUUAUGCAUGAAUUACUAAUAUUUUGUCAAACUAUACCACAAGUUAUUCAAGUGUUGCGAUAAAAUCUGGUUUUCAAAGCAGACUCAAUCAUUGUCAGUUGUAUAGACA